AUGGUUUUUACCCUGGCCCCAGGAUUAGAAGACCACUAUGAAGAUAUUAAUUUUAUCAAUGUGAUUGAUACACUCAUCCAAGCUUGCAUUUUUGGAUACAAUACCAGCUUAGGCCUUCUUACAGCUAUAAGCAUUGAAAGAUGUCUGUCCGUCCUAUUUCCUAUCUGGUAUCACUGCAACAGACCAAAGCAUCUAUCGUCUGUGGUGUGUGCCUUCAUAUGGGUCACUUCUUGUCUGUUUAGUGCACUUGAGGUAGCUUUUUGUUACAAUGUUACAUACAACCGCACAGGCCUGAAAAAUGGAUCUGGUAAGGAAUGUAAAGUUGUCUUUAUUAUUAUCUGUUGUUUUAGCUUCAUUGUCUUUAUUCCAUCCAUGACAGUAUCAAGCUUGAUUCUGCUUAUUAAAGUAUGGAAACGUUCUCAUCAACGGCAACCUAAGAAGUUAUAUGUGGUCAUCACAGUGACAGUCAUUUUCUUCCUUGUGUUUGGAAUGCCCAUGCGAAUCCUGCUACUAGCAUGGUACAAACACCAUAUUAUGCCACCUUUCCCCAUGAUGGAUUUAUUUUCUUUGUUCUGCUCUAUGAACAGUGCCAUAAAUCCUUUUGUAUACUUCCUUGUUGGUCGCAGAGGCACCCAUGGUGGAAAGUUUAACACUCCUAGCUAUUCUUCAGGCUGUAUUUCGAGAUGA